UUUUCAGGAAACAGCAAAAAGUUAGCUAAGGCGGCUGCAGCACGACAAGCGCUAAGCAAACUCUAUGGUGUUAUUGCCUCGACACCUUCUGCCGUACUCCACCACAUGCCAAUCUCCACUAUGCCUAAUCUCCACAUGCCACAGACGUUAGCCGACAAUAUUGCCAAAAUGGUGUGUGACAAAUUUUUAGAACUCACGUCGGGUAAUCCAACACUUGCGAAGAGAAAGGUUUUGGCAGGGAUCGUGAUGACAAACGAGGAAAAUCUAGAGGACAUGAAGGUGAUCAGUGUGGCUACAGGUACAAAAUGUAUCAAUGGAGAACACCUUAGUCUGAAGGGCCAGUGCAUAAAUGAUUGUCAUGCCGAAGUUGUGGCUCGCAGAUGUCUUGUGCACUUCCUCUUCUCGCAGCUUGAAAAGCUAGCAGACACCACUGAAAAUGGUGUUCCUGAAGAUAGUAUAUUUGAGAGCUUGGAGGAAACCAAAGGUUAUAGAGUGAAGUCUCAGUACAAGUUCCACUUGUAUAUCAACACUGCUCCAUGUGGUGAUGCAAGAAUCUUUGCUCCCCAUGAAGAAGAAGCAGACCAGACAGAUCGCCACCCUAAUAGGCAAAGCCGUGGGUUGUUACGCACAAAGAUAGAAUCCGGGGAAGGUACAAUUCCAAUAAAGGCUGGUGCUGACAACAUCCAAACCUGGGAUGGAGUACUUCAGGGUGAGCGUCUACGCACAAUGUCAUGUUCAGACAAGAUUGCGCGCUGGAAUAUUGUUGGUCUGCAGGGAGCUCUGGCAGCCCAUUUCCUAGACCCAGUCUAUCUGGAAUCCAUUGUUAUAGGUUCUCUAUUCAGUGCAUCACACAUGUACAGGGCUGUCUGUGGGAGAAUAGAACAAACUAUUCAAGGACUGCCACCACCAUACAGAUUAAACCAGCCAAGAAUGAACCAGGGUAGCUCAACAGAAUCGAGACAGCCGCAGAAAGCCCCUACCAUAUCUGUCAACUGGGACUGCGAAGAAAGUCAGCUUGAGGUCCUCAAUGCCAUGACUGGCCGACAGGAAGGGGAAAACAGUUCCCGGUUGUGCAAAAGGAAAUUCUUAACAAGAUUUAUGAGUCUUAUUGAACGCCUUCCUUCCAUGACAGAAGUAGAUCCAGGGGCAGCCAAGCACCUCUCCUAUGGGGAAGUUAAAGCUUUAUCUAAUAAGUAUCAGACAAGCAAGAGAGCCAUGAUUUCAGGAUUUGCUCGUGCUGGUCUCGGACAGUGGAUUGGCAAGCCCAUGGAAGAAGAUAGUUUUUAUAUAUAAAUUUUAAUUCAUUCUCAUAUUAUGUAUUUGUGUGACUUUUCUCCUCUUUGUCAGUUUUGUAAAGGUUAUAUAAUAGGAGACAGUUAUUGCCCAUACAGCAUUGUUCCUAUCCCAGUUCAGGUUACGCUGUUGUUAACACAAUAGGCUUAUAGCUGCUGUUAGUAGAAAGCUUAUGGACUGCAAAAGGUCAUGAUACUUAUUGGGAGUCAGAUAUGGGCUUGAAUAUUCACAAAAUAUCUAUAGACAUUUCUUCAAAUAGGUUUUUUCAUAGGUGUGUUUUACGGUUAUUUGAUUUUGGGAAGUGAUUGUGCAUGUUGUUGAAUAUUUGCCAAAACAAAGACCUCUUCUUGAUAUCUGCUUUUUAAGUCCGUCUCUUGGAACAUAAAUUGUGUUAUUUUAUUUGAAAAACAGGUUGUAGUGCUAAAAAAAAAUAAAAAAUAAAUAAAAAAAAGCUAAUGCUAAAGUUGUAAGGUCUAGAGAUUUUUAUAAAAAGGAAAAAAUCCAUUUGAAUAUAAUUCCCUGUCUUGAAUUGCUUUAAUAUUUGAAGUUCAAAAGAUUUUUUCUUUCUCUUCUUUGAGCAUGCCAAAUCUCUAUUUUUAAAGCUAGGUAGGUAUCAGAUAUUUCUAUUUUGAAUUUUUUUUAUUGAAUGUGGUAUGAAAAAGGCUACAAAAAUUGCCAGUCCACUUAAAGUUUACAAGCGAUCCAGUUUAUUGAGUUUAAGCAGAUGUUUCUUUUGUCAUUCUUACUGCUACUCCUCCCAUGUCAUUGCAUUUAAAUCUCAUGACAACUUAACAGUGUUAAGGCUCUUCUUAAAUUAUUAAGAUGUAAAAUGCUCAGUCUUGUUUAUAGAUAACACUCAAUCCUUGCAAGUUAUGCAAUCACUUUUUUAUUGUGUGGUUACAUACUGUUAUUUGUUUAUUUAGAAUCUUCUCCCCAAGGGCUAAAGCAUGCCAAAAACACAGGACAAAUGGUCUUCAUGUAAUUUUUUUUUUUUUUUUUUUUUUUUUUUUUUUUUUUUUUUCCCUGUGCAUUUGUCAGUCUAACUCACGAAGGUGUUAGAGUGUCAAGCAAUUCCUUAAGGGUUUGACCAUCCCAUAAGUCAUGGGUCAUGUAAUGUUACUUUGGACCAGUGUAUAUAAAUGCCUGCUAGGUAUUGUUAUACCUUUUUGUAUAUGAUUAGCAUUGUUGCCCCCCCCCCCCCCCUCCCCAUGUGGGAAAGAGAUAAUUGUGUGGAUUUUUAGUUUGAUCUCUCAGUUGAACAUUACUUCUUUUUUAUUUUUAAAAGACAACAUUUGAGUACAGCCAAGGUCUGUCAUGUAUCUAAGUGUCAAAACUUUUUAGUAAAUAGAUAGUGUAUAGUGUAUCUAAGCGUGCUACUGUGAUCAGUUUGUUCUAGUGCUCUUUUUUCAUAUGUAACUUUUUUUAGUACGUAUAUUUUUUAAUUACAUUUUGAACUUUUUCUUUUCUUUUGAAAUAAGCUAGUUUCUUUAUAUUUUUUAAUCACAAUUUAAUGUUAUGUAAGUAAAAAAUGAAAAAUGAAUUUAUAUCAAGUUUUUGUUUGAUACUUUCAUAUCUCACUAAAGGUUGAAAAUAAUGUUAAAAGAUUUCACCAUUCUGAGUUAAAUACUUAAAAGAUGUAGCAAUAAUAUUUGUUUUAUAGUAAAGAGUAAGAAUUUUAAGGGAUAACACCAGUGGACCACAUAGCUUCACCAUUUCAUUAUGUAUGUGAUUUGGUUGUGCUUAGGUUUGACAAACAUCAUAUUUUAAACUUAGCUAUUCAGACCAUAUUGUGUAAUUUUUUUGCAGGGUCACAAUAUACGUAUCUAAUUUAAACAUUUUGUAAAGUCCAAUGUGCCACAUAUAAUGCAAAGUGUUUAAUUUUCCAGUAAGUAAUAUUGAUUGAUGAGGAAGAAGGACUAGCAAGUUCAAGAUGGCAUUCAAUCAGUUACCUUAUUUAGAUUACUUUAGUAUUGACUGCAAGUGUACUGUUUGGUGUUAAAUUCCUUGCAAGAAGGUAAAAGUUGUUAAGGCCUUAGUUGUAAACCACUUGGCUUGUUUAAAUACACAAGAAAUCGUGGAGGAAUUUGUUUAAAUCCUUAAGAAAUCUUGGAGGAAUUUGUUUAAUUCUGAAGAAAUUGGGCAGUAAUAGCUGUUAUGGAAAAAGAUGCCUUAUCACAUUGUUUUUUAAUGAAAAGAAUUAGAAAAAGAAUGUUUAUUUGUAGUUAAGCUCAUCAACUUACAAUUUGAACAAAUGUGUGAAGAAACUUUACUGUUUGACUCGGGAGAGGGUUUAUGAAUUGAUGUUAGAAAGCCAUCCCACAAAGAUACAAUUAAAUACAAAGGAAGAGAAAAAGCUAAUACACUCAUGAGAAGAGAGAAAUGAGCUGUUUAAAUUUAGCAACAAUUUUGAAAAAGUUUGGUUUGUUUGUAUUUGUUAAUAAGUUGGACAUAAAUUUCAAUGAUAAGUCAUUCAUGGCAAUAUGAAUAUCUAAAAUUAUGUGUCAUUUUCUAAGUUAAUCACUGAAUAAACAGUUUUAAGAAUCA